AUGACAGAAUUAGUAAGAGAUACAGUUUUUAAAGUAGUAGUAGUAGGUAGUUCAAGAAAAGGAUAUGGUAUUUCAUCUUUUGUUCAAAGAUAUGCCGAUGGAUUGUAUAGACCAAAUUCUCAACAAAUUUAUGGUGUAGACUUUAAGGUCAAAAUGAUGAAAGAAAAAGAUGGAACCAUCACAAAAUUGAUGGUGUGGCUUCCUCCAAAUGGAUGUGAGAGGUUUAGAAAUAUCACUCAUUCAUACUAUAGAGGAUCAAAUGCAAUCAUAUUGGCAUUUGAUUUGACAAACAGAGAGAGUUUUGAUGAACUUGAAUAUUGGAUAGAAGAUGUACAAAAAAAAGUUGUUUUAAAUUCUGUUGAUGGUCCCAUCCUAACAUUGGUAGGAACAAAAUGUGAUAUGAUGGAUAAAAGACAAAUCACUGAAGAUGAAGCAGCUGCAUGGGCUAGAAAACACAAAAUAUCAAGUUAUCAUGAAACAAGUGCAAAAGAAAAUAUUGGAAUUGAUGAAACAUUCAACACUAUUGUUGAUCUACUUUAUUUGAAAAAAUCAAAACCAUGGUCAAAUCCAACUCCAGUUACAUUAAUAAAAGAAAAGAAAACUACUUUAUUUAGUUGUUGUUAA